AUGCUCAGUGCGGACGCCGCGCCGCCGUCCGCCAACUCGGAAGCUCGCGCUCCCGGGCCGUGGGGGCGAGAACGCCGGCGGCGAGCCGGCGUCGCUCGCCGCCCCCAGACAGUGGCAAACUUCGCGGCGUUCCCGGAGCUCGUCCGGGCGAGGCAGAUACCGCACAAAUAAAAUCAAAUCCAAUUCCCCUAUCCCAACCCGAAUGAUGGAGGCUGCGGCGGCCGGAGUGACCCCGCCGCCGCCAGCCCCAGCCCGCUAGCCGCGGACCAACAGCGCCACAGCGAGCGAGCGAGCGAGGAGGGGGAGAGAGGGAGUCUGUCUGCAAAGUGCUGCUCCCUGGUGCUCAGAGGCGGCUGCUCCAGCUCCAACUCUCAUUCAUUUCGCCGGUUAACAUGAGAGAUCAUGGCCGCCUUCGGGCUUCUCAGCUAUGAGCAGAGACCGCUGAAGCGCCCCAGGCUCGGGCCGCCCGACGUCUACCCACAGGACCCCAAGCAGAAGGAGGAUGAACUUACUGCUGUGAAUGUAAAGCAAGGCUUCAAUAAUCAGCCAGCCUUCACUGGAGAUGAACAUGGCUCAGCCAGAAACAUUGUAAUUAACCCAUCAAAGAUUGGAGCUUAUUUUAGCAGCAUAUUAGCUGAGAAACUGAAGCUUAACACUUUCCAGGACACGGGAAAGAAGAAACCACAAGUUAAUGCUAAAGAUAAUUAUUGGCUGGUUACUGCUCGAUCCCAGAGUGCAAUUCAUAGUUGGUUUUCUGACUUAGCAGGAAAUAAGCCACUUUCUAUUUUGGCAAAAAAGGUUCCUAUCCUUAGUAAAAAAGAGGAUGUUUUUGCAUAUUUAGCUAAAUAUUCUGUGCCAAUGGUUCGAGCAACGUGGCUGAUCAAGAUGACUUGUGCCUAUUAUUCUGCUAUAUCUGAAGCUAAAAUUAAGAAACGUCAGGCUCCUGAUCCGAAUUUGGAGUGGACACAGAUAUCUACCAGAUAUCUUCGAGAGCAGUUGGCCAAGAUUUCUGACUUUUACCACAUGGCCUCCAGCACGGGCGAUGGCCCUGUCCCUGUGCCACCAGAGGUGGAACAAGCCAUGAAGCAAUGGGAAUACAACGAAAAGCUAGCGUUUCACAUGUUCCAGGAAGGAAUGUUAGAAAAACAUGAAUAUUUGACAUGGAUCCUGGAUGUUUUAGAAAAGAUCAGACCAAUGGAUGACGAUCUUCUUAAACUCUUGCUACCACUAAUGCUGCAGUAUUCAGAUGAGUUUGUUCAGUCGGCCUACCUGUCUCGUCGUCUUGCCUACUUUUGUGCCCGGCGUCUUUCCUUGCUGCUGAGCGAUAGCCCCAACCUCCUUGCUGCCCACUCACCCCACAUGAUGAUAGGACCAAACAACUCGAGUAUCGGGGCCCCCAGCCCUGGCCCCCCCGGCCCUGGCAUGAGCCCCGUGCAGCUGGCCUUCUCAGAUUUUCUUUCCUGUGCACAGCAUGGUCCCCUGGUUUAUGGACUUAGUUGUAUGUUGCAGACUGUCACUCUCUGUUGCCCAAGUGCCUUGGUGUGGAAUUAUUCCACAAAUGAAAAUAAGAGCGCAAACCCAGGCUCACCCCUGGAUCUGCUGCAGGUGGCCCCUUCCAGCCUCCCCAUGCCGGGUGGGAACACGGCUUUCAAUCAGCAGGUUCGGGCAAGGAUUUAUGAAGUAGAACAACAGAUAAAACAAAGAGGCCGUGCAGUAGAAGUUCGGUGGUCAUUUGACAAGUGCCAAGAAUCCACAGCAGGGGUGACUAUUAGUCGGGUUUUGCACACGUUGGAAGUUUUGGAUCGUCACUGUUUUGACCGAACUGAUUCCAGCAAUUCAAUGGAGACACUUUAUCAUAAGAUUUUCUGGGCAAACCAAAACAAAGAUAACCAAGAGGUUGCGCCCAACGAUGAAGCUGUGGUGACGCUGUUAUGUGAAUGGGCUGUGAGCUGCAAACGGUCUGGCAAGCACAGGGCCAUGGCUGUGGCAAAACUCCUGGAGAAGAGGCAAGCAGAAAUUGAGGCAGAGAGAUGUGGUGAAUCAGAAGUCUUAGAUGAGAAGGAGUCUAUUUCUUCAUCCUCUCUUGCUGGAUCCAGUUUGCCUGUUUUCCAGAAUGUGCUGUUAAGGUUUUUAGAUACACAGGCCCCCUCUUUGUCGGACCCAAACAGUGAAUGUGAAAAGGUGGAAUUUGUGAACCUGGUGCUGCUCUUCUGCGAGUUCAUCCGCCAUGACGUCUUCUCCCAUGACGCAUACAUGUGUACCCUCAUAUCUCGAGGAGAUUUGUCAGUCACUGCCUCAACCCGGCCGCGGUCACCAGUAGGGGAAAAUGCAGACGAACACUAUUCAAAGGACCAUGAUGUGAAAAUGGAGGAACAGAGUAUUAUGGCGCAUAUGGGCAUUGACUCAGGAACCACUAACAUUUUUGAUGAAGUAGACAAGAGUGACUUUAAAACUGACUUUGGUUCGGAAUUUCCAAUUUUUUCUCCUAUGCCUGGAGAAUCCUGUGAGAAUGCCAACACUUCCUUGGGCAGAAGAAUGUCAGUUAAUUGUGAGAAGUUGGUGAAGAGGGAAAAGCCAAGGGAAUUAAUUUUUCCAUCUAAUUACGACCUCCUUCGCCACUUACAGUAUGCAACACAUUUUCCUAUACCUCUGGAUGAAUCUUCAAGUCAUGAAUGUAACCAGCGCACAAUCCUUCUCUAUGGAGUCGGCAAAGAGCGUGAUGAAGCAAGGCAUCAGCUGAAGAAGAUUACCAAAGAUAUCCUGAAAAUUCUAAACAAGAAGAGCACCACAGAGACAGGGGUUGGGGACGAAGGACAAAAAGCCAGGAAGAACAAACAGGAGACAUUUCCAACACUGGAGACUGUGUUCACUAAACUCCAGCUCCUUUCGUAUUUUGAUCAACAUCAAGUGACAUCUCAGAUUUCUAACAAUGUGCUAGAACAAAUCACAAGCUUUGCGUCGGGAACAUCCUAUCAUCUGCCUUUGGCUCACCACAUUCAGCUCAUCUUUGAUCUCAUGGAGCCAGCACUGAACAUCAAUGGACUAAUUGACUUCGCAAUACAGUUACUAAAUGAACUGAGUGUUGUGGAAGCUGAACUGCUCCUAAAAUCCUCCAGCCUGGCAGGAAGUUAUACAACAGGACUGUGUGUCUGCAUCGUGGCUGUUCUCAGGCGCUAUCACAGUUGUCUGAUCUUGAAUCCUGAUCAGACAGCCCAGGUGUUUGAAGGGUUGUGUGGUGUGGUCAAGCAUGUCGUAAACCCCUCAGAAUGCUCUUCCCCUGAAAGAUGCAUCUUAGCCUACCUCUAUGAUCUCUAUGUGUCAUGUAGCCACCUCAGAAGUAAAUUUGGAGACCUCUUCAGUAGUGCCUGUUCAAAAGUAAAGCAAACCAUAUAUAAUAAUGUGAUGCCUGCAAAUUCGAACUUGCGAUGGGAUCCAGACUUCAUGAUGGAUUUUAUUGAGAAUCCCUCAGCCCGCAGCAUCAACUACUCAAUGCUGGGCAAGAUCCUCAGUGACAAUGCGGCCAAUCGCUACAGCUUUGUCUGCAAUACACUCAUGAAUGUAUGUAUGGGCCAUCAGGAUGCUGGCAGGAUUAACGACAUAGCCAAUUUCUCCUCUGAGCUUACGGCUUGCUGCACUGUUCUUAGUUCAGAAUGGCUGGGGGUUCUGAAGGCUCUUUGUUGUUCUUCAAAUCACGUGUGGGGGUUUAAUGAUGUACUUUGCACUGUAGAUGUGAGUGACCUUUCAUUCCAUGAUUCAUUAGCUACUUUCAUUGCUAUUCUGAUAGCACGACAGUGUUUUUCCCUGGAGGACGUCGUGCAGCAUGUCGCACUUCCCUCUCUUCUAGCAGCAGCUUGUGGAGAUGCGGACGCCGAGCCUGGGGCGAGAAUGACAUGCCGACUCCUGCUUCAUCUCUUCCGAGCUCCCCAGGCCUGCUUCUUACCUCAGGCAACGGGCAAACCUUUCCCUGGAAUAAGAUCAUCUUGUGAUAGACACCUCUUAGCCGCAGCUCACAACAGCAUUGAAGUGGGAGCCGUGUUUGCUGUCUUAAAAGCAAUUAUGAUGCUUGGAGAUGCCAAAAUUGGCAAUAGCAGUGUCAGCUCUUUAAAGAAUGAUGACUUCACCAUGAGAGGUUUGCGAUGUGAUGGGAAUGCUGAUGAUAUCUGGACUGCCUCACAAAAUCCAAAAUCCUGUGGGAAAAGCAUUUCCAUAGAAACUGCCAAUUUAAGAGAAUACGCUAGAUACGUACUGAGGACUAUCUGUCAACAGGAAUGGGUAGGAGAGCAUUGCUUAAAAGAACCUGAAAGAUUAUGUACAGACAAAGAACUUAUAUUGGACCCUGUGCUUUCAAAUAUGCAAGCACAGAAAUUACUGCAGCUUAUCUGUUAUCCUCAUGGCAUUAAAGAAUGUACCGAGGGGGACAACCUGCAAAGACAGCACAUUAAGCGUAUUCUUCAGAAUCUUGAGCAGUGGACACUGAGGCAAUCCUGGUUAGAACUCCAGCUAAUGAUCAAACAGUGCUUGAAGGACCCUGGCUCUGGUUCUGUGGCCGAAAUGAACAACUUACUGGACAAUAUUGCAAAGGCAACAAUAGAGGUCUUCCAGCAGUCUGCAGACCUAAAUAAUUCUUCUAAUUCUGGCAUAAGCCUAUUCAACCCAAACGGUAUUGGAAGUGCUGAUACAAGUAGCACGAGACAGAAUGGAAUAAAGACAUUCCUAAGUUCCUCCGAACGCAGGGGUGUAUGGUUGGUGGCCCCCCUCAUCGCCAGGCUGCCAACUUCUGUGCAAGGAAGAGUGCUGAAAGCUGCUGGGGAAGAGCUGGAGAAGGGACAGCACUUGGGUUCUUCUUCCAAAAAGGAAAGGGACAGACAGAAACAGAAAAGUAUGUCUCUUUUGAGUCAACAACCCUUCCUCUCACUGGUACUUACCUGCCUUAAGGGACAAGAUGAACAAAGGGAAGGCCUCCUAACAUCUCUCCAGAAUCAAGUUAACCAGAUUUUAAGUAACUGGAGAGAAGAACGAUACCAAGAUGACAUAAAAGCGCGGCAGAUGAUGCACGAAGCAUUGCAACUCCGCCUAAAUUUGGUAGGAGGAAUGUUUGACACGGUGCAGAGGAGCACCCAGUGGACUACAGACUGGGCCCUCCUGCUCCUUCAGAUCAUUACUUCAGGAACUGUUGACAUGCACACCAACAAUGAAUUAUUCACAACAGUUCUUGACAUGCUGGGUGUUUUAAUCAAUGGAACAUUAGCCUCUGACCUAUCAAAUGCAUCCCCUGGGGGAUCUGAAGAGAACAAGCGUGCAUAUAUGAAUUUAGUAAAGAAACUGAAAAAAGAACUGGGAGACAAGCGAUCAGAAAGUAUUGACAAAGUUCGACAGUUACUACCUUUGCCGAAACAGACAUGUGAUGUCAUCACUUGUGAACCUAUGGGUUCCUUGAUUGACACAAAAGGAAACAAAAUUGCUGGAUUUGACUCUAUAGAUAAAAAACAGGGUCUCCAGGUCUCUACGAAGCAGAAGGUAUCCCCGUGGGACUUGUUUGAGGGUCAGAAGAACCCAGCUCCUCUGUCCUGGGCCUGGUUUGGGACAGUCCGAGUGGACCGAAGAGUGAUCAAGUACGAGGAGCAGCAUCAUCUCCUGCUGUAUCACACACACCCCAUGCCCAAGCCCCGCAGUUACUACCUCCAGCCACUGCCCCUGCCUCCUGAGGAGGAAGAGGAAGAGCCCACAUCUCCAGUUUCUCAGGAACCAGAAAGGAAGUCAGCUGAGCUGUCAGAUCAGGGAAAAACCACAACAGAUGAAGAAAAGAAAACAAAGGGAAGGAAGCGCAAGACGAAAUCUAGCUCAAGAGUUGAUGAAUAUCCACAGAGCAACAUAUACCGAGUGCCUCCUAAUUACUCGCCUAUCUCCUCCCAAAUGAUGCACCAUCCACAGUCCACCUUGUGGGGUUACAACCUCCUGGGCCAGCCCCAGCAGCCUGGGUUUUUCCUUCAGAACCAAUCUCUUACUCCAGGUGGCUCCAGAUUGGACCCUGCAGGCUCCUUUGUCCCAACCAACACCAAACAAGCUCUGUCAAACAUGCUACAGCGGCGCUCGGGCGCCAUGAUGCAGCCGCCUUCUCUUCAUGCAAUCACAUCGCAGCAGCAGUUGAUACAGAUGAAGCUUCUGCAGCAGCAGCAGCAACAGCGGCUUCUCAGGCAAGCCCAGACUCGGCCUUUCCAACAGGACUUCUGUAACUCUGCUGUCUCCCUUCUGGAAGACUUUGACAACAUAAUGGGCCAGCCGGGGGACCAGGCUGCUCUCUUUGCUGCGCAAGCACGGCCCUCCCCUCAGCUCCCUCAGUAUCCAGGGCUGCAGCAAGCACAGACCAUGCCCCAGGGCUAUACAAUGUAUGGGACACAGAUGCCUUUGCAGCAGACAUCGCAGCAGCAGGCUGGCAGUGUGGUCGUGUCUCCCAGCUAUAACUCCAGAGCCUAUCCGGCUGCACAUUCCAACCCCGUGCUAAUGGAAAGACUCAGACAGAUUCAGCAGCAGCCGAGUGGCUAUGUUCAGCAGCAGGCCUCGCCGUACCUGCAGCCCCUGACUGGCUCUCAGAGACUGAACCAUCAGGCUCUACAGCAGAGCCCUCUGGUGGGCGGGGGAAUUGAUGCUGUGCUGACUUCUGCACAUCCAAACCUUCCCUCCGUGCCCCUGCCUCAGGAUGCCAUGAGACCCAGACAGCCGCAAGUUCGACAGCAGCAGAGACUCCUCCAGAUGCAGCAGCCCCAGCAGCCCCAGCCCCAGCAGCCUCCCCAGCCCCAGCAGUCCUCACAGCCCCAGAGUCAGACCCUUGGUCUCCAAGCAAUGCAGCCCCAGCAGCCCUUGUUUCCCAGGCAAGGCUUGCAGCAGACCCAGCAGCAGCAGCAGACGGCUGCCUUGGUGCGGCAGCUCCAGAAGCAGCUUUCCAGCAACCAGCCACAGCAAGGAGUGACUCCAUAUGGGCAUCCUUCACAUUUCUGAAUCUGCAAGAAGAGAAGACAUGACGUUUUAUGUUUGCACUGAAAAACAGAAAAUCAAAUUUAAUGCAUUAGUCAUUUUAAAAAUGUCCCUUUGUUUUUUCAUUUCUUUGACAUUUUACUAUAUUUUAUGCUACAUCUCACAAAAAAAAAAAAAAAAGGUGUUUAGACAAAAAGCCAAGGAGAAGUUGUGGUUUGAUUUUGUUGAAUUCACCUUUAUAGUAGGUUUACAAAUGUGAAUCAUGGAGGCAGGCCUACUCCCAGAAGAGUGUGCUAGCAGACCUUUUGAAAUUGGUGCUUUUUUUGAAUCUCACAUUUCUAGAAAGAAUGGAUUAUGAUGGAUUUAAAGUAUUUAUAUAUUUCAUUCAUUAAUGAUGAAGUUUUUUUUUUUUUAAUUUUAUUUUACAAACUGUGCUGGACCAAACUACUGAUUUGAAAGGCAUGUCAGACCUUGACAGAAACAUGGCCCGUUUAUUCUGCAUUCAUCUGUGAUGGUGAAACGGACAUUUAUUUGCAUCGCUCUAAUUUGAAACGUUUGUAAUCUCAUAAGCACUUUAUAAACUUUGUUCUUAUUUAUGUAGGACUUUUCUUUGCUUUUGUUGUGGUCAAAAGGUGCUGAAACAGAUUGUUGCUUAGUACUUAAACUUCUUAAACCAAGAACCUAAACCAAGGUUUCUUUGAGAGCUGCCCUAAGAUGUGCGGAAACCUGUUAGAAGUAGCUGUACUUAAAUUUGUUUUGAGGCAAGAUCAUUGAUGAGAGUCAUUGUGAAGGUACAACAUGUAAAUCCUAAAGGCCUGAAAGAACUGCAGUGGAAUCAUCCAACUAUUUAUUGCCAGUUUUGGUUCUCCUGAACCUUAUGCCACCUUAAGGGGAAAAAAAAUCCAGUAGCUGGCUUGAGAUUCCAGUGCUCACACUUGACAUGGUUUCCAGAGAAUCUGGCCCCAAAGUCCAGAAGGCUCUGGUUUUCAUAAAAGGUGUAUUUGCUGUUUAUUUUGUAUGGUAAGUAUUUGCUAUUUUGAAUUUAAUUAUUACUGUCAGUGUCAGUCUUGGUUGUGUAUUGCAUAUACUGUAUUUAUAAAUUGGUGCAGAAAGCACAAGUAAAUUAUACAUCAAAUUUAUUAUAAAGAAAUAGUAACUAUUUUAACUUUGUUCAAAUAUGUGGUAAUUUGCUCCUAUUAGAGUAAAAAAGAAACCAGUAAAUUAUCAGUUUGUGUAACUUAAGAGUAUUCCAUAUAAUAUUUUUUUAGAUUUAGAUGCAUAAAAUUUUGAAUGUGAAAAUUGCAGGGCAUUUUAAAACAUGUGGGGGAUAUUUUCCCAUGUUCUGUUAUUUCAUUUUCUUUUGCCAUAUGAUUUUACAUAUAAUAUAGUCAAGCAUACUGUGAAUAGACUUGUCUAUAAUGAGCAGACCAUGUAAAUCUACUUUUUUAAAAUGUAGCUAGUACAACUUUAGUAGACAUUUUCUUUUGCAAAUCAUUAUAUAUAAAUAAUUUAUAUAUUCCUAGGUGAGUUACUCAUUGCAAAGUUUGACUCAUGCAAAUGACCUCAAAUACAUGUCAGCUUACUUUGCUGUGGCAACAUCCAUGUGAACUGCUUUGUACACUGUGAAAAUAUUUCACUCCAGCCUGCCCAUUUUGUGUUUACUCUGGGCUGGAAAAGACUUUGCCAAAACAUUAAAAACCAUUCUUUUCACUAAAUUAAUAGUCUAUCUGCUUUCAGAAGACGUAUCUGUACACAUUUUUGCUGGUUUUGUAUAUCAGAUUUUUUCCUCUCAAGAAUCAUACUUAGAUAAGCUAAUGAAGUUGUUUUCUUCAAAGUAAUAUAUCUAUAUAAUGACUGCAUUGGCAAAACAACCGAAAUGUGAAUGUUGUGCCUAGUGAGUGAGUCAUGUUCCAUCCUUGUUAUUUCCAGAUUUCUUUGCCAGUUCAGUUUGAACCAUAUAUUUUGUAGCUCAGCAUUGCAAACAGUAAUACUGUUUUAAGAAUAAGUGUUAUAAUUGCAUAGCAUUUGUAUGCACUUUAUACUUUGCAGAGGUGAGUUAAAUUAUUAAUCAUUUUGCACAUGAAAGCUGUGGGGCAUAUCUUUGUUCUUUUUUUGGGUGAGGAAGUUAUGCUACGACUCUAAUUCCAAGAUUCUAUUGAAAGUUGAAGAAUGCUGUUUUACCCCUGCGCAUUAUAAAGAAAAUAACUAGAAUUACUUUACUUUAGUCUUCAGAUUUUCUCCCUGUUAAUUCUAUAUCUUGAGAGGUUUCUUUUUUUUUUUUUUUUUCCUUUUCUUGCAAAUGCAUUCUUUUGAUCACAAGGGAAAGCCCUGUGGCAGAACCUGGUACUUUACCUUAGCAGAGGAAAUUACCUUAGAAUAAGAUGGAGACCCCCCAACUCCCCUUAAAGAAAGACAAGACCUUGAAAUCAAAUGGAGUCAGCUAUACCUAUCACAAUUCUUGGAUAUAAGAAGCCCAUAGACUCUCUUGUUUACACUGUAGGCUUUUUCCUAACAGGGUUAACAGGGUUGCAUUUGUCAUUGCAUUUACCCUUCUUGGCCUGGAAGUAGAGGAGAUCAAUUUCAGUGCAUAUCUAUCUUUGACCACUUCCAGCCACAGGGUACUAACGUCAGACAUAAGUUGCAACCAGGUCACAUUUUAGGCUUAGAUGGAGCUAGCUGAAAGUCAGUGUGAUGAAAACCCAAGGGUACUAUUCCACAUGGCUCAAAUGAUUGGCAGGGGCUAACAUAUUAGUAAUUCUCGGUUUUGUGCACUGAGAUAUCUAAGACCUAUGGCAUUUUUUUCCCAUUUAUAAAGCUCCUAUAAUUCUUAAGUACUAGGUGAAUGUUUGAAUAGAUGCUGGAGAAAUUACACUGGAAAACCACCCUUAGAUAAGAUCAAUCAUAUAAAUUCAGUGAAUUACAAAAACGCAACAUUUUGUGUAGGAUUGAUCAGAUUUUAAAUACAGUGAAACUUCAUUAUAUAUAAUAGAUCUAGACCCUCCCAAGCAUUUUCCCAUCCCAUAAAGAAUUAAUUAAUGAAAUGAAAUGCUUAUAGAGCAACGAUUCCUCAGAAAAAUUUCCCUAUAAACAGCUCCAAACCAGGGGUGCCUGAGCUAGAUCUUAACGUUAUAAAGAAGUUUCAUUGUAUUUUUAAAACCUUUUUAAUGGGUGUAUUUGGACAAAAAUAACCCCCUUUUCACAUUUUAUGAUGUGCAGGUAUUACAUUGCUUUUUACAUGUGGAAAAGUGAGCCUGCAUUUAUUUUUAAAUGCAGUUAUUAAAACAUUUUUGUAUUCCCCAUCAAUCAAUGAAAAUUUUCAGUGUGAACAAAUGGUGAAUCAUAAUCAAGACAGUUCAGUGCUUAUUUUCUGUAGGUUUUAGCAAAAAAAUUUAUAAACCACAAAAUAUUUAUACAUCAGGAUGGUAAAUUUACAUAAAGAUUGUAGAUUUAAUAUUUUCCAUUGUCGUCUCUGUUCUGAGUGCCAUGCUUGUAACAUUGAUUGAUUGAUUGAUAGGAGGUGGACACUAGGCAACUGGUAUUAAAAGUUCAUUUUUUUACUGAAAAAUUCAGGUACAUUAGCCAUUUGUUAUUUUAUAGUGGACCGUUUUAAUGUUUAUUGUUAUUUGUUGGCAAAAUAAAAGUGCCUUAAGUAAGUUAAAAGUUUGUUUUGAGAUCCGUUAAAGAUAUCAGUAUCAUCAGUUCAUAAUGCAUUUAUUUACAAGUCCUUUUAUUUUGCAUGUUCAUUGUAAAUUUAAUACUGUAAAUGUAUUCAAAUUCAUUUACAUGCCUAUGGCUGCCUUUGAUUAAACUUCUUCCAAAAAAUAAA